CAUGCAAAAAUAAACAUAGUAACAAUACUUUAAACUAUUUACACCACUUUAAUCUUAUUCUCCACUCUUUGAACGUAAUGGAGAAGAACCAUAGUAGUGGAGAGUGGGAGAAGAUGAAGAACGAGAUCAACGAGCUAAUGAUAGAAGGAAGAGACUAUGCACACCAGUUUGGAUCAGCUUCAUCUCAAGAAACACGUGAACAUUUAGCCAAAAAGAUUCUUCAAUCUUACCACAAGUCUCUCACCAUCAUGAACUACUCCGGCGAACUUGACCAAGUUUCUCAGGGUGGAGGAAGCCCCAAGAGCGAUGAUUCCGAUCAAGAACCACUUGUCAUCAAGAGUUCGAAGAAGUCAAUGCCAAGGUGGAGUUCAAAAGUCAGAAUUGCCCCUGGAGCUGGUGUUGAUAGAACGCUGGACGAUGGAUUCAGUUGGAGAAAGUACGGCCAGAAGGAUAUUCUCGGAGCCAAAUUUCCAAGAGGAUACUAUAGAUGCACGUAUAGAAAGUCUCAAGGAUGUGAAGCCACUAAACAAGUCCAAAGAUCUGAUGAAAAUCAGAUGCUCCUUGAGAUCAGUUACCGAGGAAUACAUUCUUGCUCUCAAGCUGCAAAUGUCGGUACAACAAUGCCGAUACAAAACCUCGAACCGAACCAGACCCAAGAACACGGAAAUCUUGACAUGGUAAAGGAAAGUGUAGACAACUACAAUCACCAAGCACAUUUGCAUCACAACCUUCACUAUCCAUUGUCAUCUACCCCAAAUCUAGAGAAUAACAAUGCCUAUAUGCUUCAAAUGCGAGAUCAAAACAUCGAAUAUUUUGGAUCUACGAGCUUCUCUAGUGAUCUAGGAACUAGUAUCAACUACAAUUUUCCAGCAUCUGGCUCGGCUUCUCACUCAGCAUCAAACUCUCCGUCCACCGUCCCUUUGGAAUCCCCGUUUGAAAGCUAUGAUCCAAAUCAUCCAUAUGGAGGAUUUGGUGGGUUCUAUUCUUAGUUAUCUACUUAAGGGAGGGACGGAACUUUUUACAUGACCUCUUGAUUAAAGAGAGAGUUUUCAUAAUAGCUAAUCAAUUUCCUAUUCAAAUAUCCGAGUUUUUUUUCUAAUCAUGUUUAUCAAUUGUCUUAUUACAGAAGGCUUAUUUUCAGGUCUAUGUUGAAAUAAAUGGAUUUGUACUCGUAGGUAUGAUCCUUGUUAUCUAGCUUAUAGUCCAUGGUUUUUACUUUUUGCCUUAUGUUGUUGUAACACAUUCGAGUUCUUAUAUUGCAAAUUUGAGUCUUCUUUUAGCUAUACAAUU